GCGGGGGAGGAGGGUGAAGCAGGAAGUGGCUGAGGAGCAGCUGUAGCCGGAGAGGGGCCUUGGGGCUGGGAUUGGAGCCGCCCCCUCCGCUUCUACUGGAGCCGGGGCCGGGACCCUCCCCCACCGCGCCCGGCCAGCCGGGGAGGAGCCGCAGCAGCAGCCGCCUGAGCCCAGGGGCCAGCAGACUCUGCCGGAUUCUUCACCAUGGGUGACAUGAAGACCCCGGAUUUCGAUGACCUCUUGGCAGCUUUCGAUAUUCCGGACAUCGACACCAACGAGGCCAUCCAUUCUGGCCAUGAGGAGGCUGAGGCUCACAUCAAGCAGGUCCCCGGGGAGCCCGUGGCCCCUGAACACGUCCUCCCCCACGCGGACAUCACCGCCGUCAGCGUGAUAGUGAAGAACACUGUCUGCCCCGAGCAGCUUGACCCCUUGGACGGCCGCGGCAAAGAUGGGCAUGGCCUCGGGCCCCGCCUGCUGCAGAAUGGCUUUGGUGCCCCCGAGAUGCCCAGGUCCCCCACCUCCAGGCCAGGGGAAGCAGUGGCAUCGUCCAACGGAGAGUGCUGGACAUCAAAGGAGAAAGGGGCAAAACCCAUGGACAUCUUUUCCCACUUCAGCCCCGAUCCCCACGAGGAGAACUCUGCGGAUCUGAUUGACAGGCCCCGGGAGGGCAAACAGAAAGAGAAAGCCCUCUCUGUGCCCUCUCUCUCCCCAUCCCCCACCCCAUCUCCUGCCCCGUCGCCAGACUGCAAAGAGCCAGCUGGAGAGAGCACAGAGACCCUCCCGCCGGCUUUCCCGCAGUCCUUUGAAACCAGUCAGGCGGGGGGCGUGAACGGCUCCCCUGCCACCAUCCCCAUGAUCAAGAAAGAGGAGUCCGACUCGGAGGAGCUGGACCAUGGGGCCAGCCCUAAGGAUUUGGCUGCAGCCCUGCGUGACAGCCCCUUGGGGCACCUGAAGUCGGUCACCGUCCGCUACUCCACGGAUGAUUCCCCCGUCACGUCCUGGCCUAGCUCAGAUCCAAACCUUGACAGCAGCACCAGCAACCUCCCCGAAGUGAAAAACUCGCCCACCAGCCCUCAGGAGCCGUUCUUCAAACCUUCCCCACUGGCAGAGGGAAGCCCUGGACCCCUUGGCUCCCCCAAACCGCUGGGGAGCAUCCCCCUCAAGGAAGAGCAGGAGGCUCUAGAGAAACCCCCGCAGAGCAUGUCAAGCGGCGAGGAGGAAGAGGAGGAGGAUGAAGACGGCAGCAAUGACUCCCCCUCUUCCAGUUCCUCGCGGCCUCUCAAAGUGCGGAUUAAAACCAUCAAGACAUCUUCCGGCAGCAUCACCCGGACGGUGACCAGAGUCUCCUCUGAUUCGGAGCCGGGAGCUGCCAAGCUGCCUUCGGAACCAGGUUCUCAGGAGGCCGCCACCGAGGACUCCGUGCUCCCGGCUGCAGUGGUGAAAGAGGAGAGCGUGCUGGAGGUGCCCAAAAAGAAAAUGGAGCUCUCCAGCCCCCUGAAAGUCAUAGAAGGGCCCAAAAUUGUCAGUGUCCAGCUGGGCAACGGCACCAAAAUCAAAGGGACUGUUCUGCCCGUCACCACCAUCCAGAACGCCAGCAGCGCCAUGCUGAUCGCCGCCAGCGUGGCCCAGCAGAAAUCCGUGGUGCUGCCGGGCAAGGCCGUGACGAAGAACAUUAUCAACCUGGUGCCGCAGACCCUCCCCAAAGCCGACACCAGAACCAACGUCAGCACGGUGACCCAGACCACCACCGUCACCACCACGGCCAACCAGAAGGUCAACGGCACCACGGUGGUGAUGGUGCAGCCGCAGAAGCCUUCGCCCACCAUUGCCGGCACGGUCAUUUCCAGGAGCCAGUCCAGCCUGGUGGAGGCUUUCAACAAGAUCCUGAACAGUAAAAACCUCUUGCCAACCUACAAACCCAACCUGAAUCCUCCGGCAGAGUCCAGCCUGACUCUCCCGCCCUUCGGGUAUCGCUGCUUGGAGUGCGGGGACUCCUUCGCCCUGGAGAAGAGCCUGGCUCGGCACUACGACCGGCGCAGCAUGCGCAUCGAAGUGACCUGCAACCACUGCACCAAGCGCCUGGUCUUCUUCAACAAGUGCAGCUUGCUCCUGCAUGCCCGGGAGCACAAGGACAAAGGCCUGGUGAUGCAGUGCUCCCACUUGGUCAUGAGACCUAUUGCUCUGGAUCAAAUGAUUGGCCAGCCGGACAUCACCCCCAUAGUGUCAGUGACCUCCCUCACUGCUGGCAAAGUGGCCGGGGUGCCUCAGGAUGCCAUGGCGACAGCUAAUGGGGCUCAGGACCAACCCAUCCUGCCCCUGAGUGGCGGCUCGGAGCAAACUAGCUAUAACUGCUUCCGGUGUCUGGAGUGCAAGGAGCAAUGCAAGGACAAAGCCGGGCUCGCUGCGCACUUCCAGCAGGCUGUGACCGCGGGAACAAUCACCAGCACGGUGUGCACGACCUGCCCCAUGAUGAUGCCCAAUCCCUGCAGCUUUAACGCUCAUCAACGGAUGCACAAAAACCGGCCCCCUCACGUGUGCCCAGAGUGUGGCGGAAACUUCCUCUUGGCGAACUUCGAGGCUCACCUGAAGGAGGCCUGCCUGCAUUUCUCCAGGAGGGUGGGGUACAGGUGCCCCAGUUGCGCCGUGGUGUUUGGAGGGGUGAAUUCCAUUAAAUCCCACAUCCAGACCUCGCACUGCGAGGUUUUCCACAAGUGCCCGAUCUGCCCCAUGGCGUUCAAGUCGGCCCCCAGCGCCCACGCUCAUAUCUACACGCAGCACCCGGGGUUCAGCAAUCAGCAGUCCAAGAUGAUUUACAAAUGUGCAAUGUGUGACACAGUCUUUACCCACAAGCCCCUGCUCUCCUCUCACUUUGACCAACACCUGCUCAACCAGAGGGUCAGCGUUUUUAAGUGUCCUGACUGCCCGCUGCUCUUUGCCCAGAAACGCACCAUGCUUGAACAUCUGAAGAACACUCACCAGCCGCAGAAACCCAAGGAGGAUCUCACCAAGAAGCCGGUUGCUCUGCUCACCCCCAAGGAGGAGCCUGUGGAAGCCCCCGUCUCCAAGAUAUCCGAGUCGUCGUCCUCGUCCUCGGAGGAAGACGAGCCACCCAGCUCCCCAGAGCUGCGCAAGGCAAAGCGGACCCGCUUUCAGCGCAAGACGGAUGCGAGCAAGUCAAAAAGCAGCGGCUGGACGUGCGGGAUGUGUCACUCCUGGUUCCCGGAGAGGGACGAGUACGUGUCCCACAUGAAGAAGGAUCACGGGAAGUCGGUGAAGAAGUUCCCAUGCCGUCUGUGCGAGCGUUCGUUUUGCUCCGCCCCCAGCCUCCGGAGACACGUGCGAGUGAACCACGAGGGGAUCAAGCGAGUCUAUCCCUGCCGGUACUGCACCGAAGGCAAACGCACCUUCAGCAGCCGGCUGAUCCUGGAGAAGCACAUUCAGGUGCGGCACGGGAUAAAGGUGACGGACCAGACCAAGAGCCAAGAGGUCGUCAUUGCCCGGACGGGACCCGGAAGCUUGCAGGUGUCCAGCAGGAAGCGGAAACUCUCCUCGGACGAGGGCGAUUCGUGUAGUGAGGAGCCAGACAGCACCACGCCGCCCUCCAAGAACCCCAAGGCGGACCGCAAAGCCCCCUUCCGCUGCCGCAAGUGCGGCUACGUGGCCUGCAGCGCGGCCGAGUUCCAGGAGCACAUACCCCAGCACAGGACAGACGAGAGCUCCCACCAGUGCCGGGAGUGCGGCCUUUGCUUCACCUCCCAGGUCUCCCUCAACCGCCACCGCUUCAUCACCCACAAGAAGAAGAAGGGGGCGGGGGAGGUGGAGGAGCCCAGCCCCCGCAGCGGCCACGAGGGAGGGGCCCAGCGCUCGGCCGACGGUAAACUCGUGUGCAAGGUGUGCGGGAAGUGCUUCGACACCCAGCUCAACCUGAAGACGCACUUCCGCACCCACGGCAUGGCCUUCAUCAGAGCCAGGCAGAACGUGAGCCCCGAGAACUAGGGGCGAGGGAGAGGGCAGCGCGUGUAUAUAAUCUCUGCACAGAGCUUGUCGGCCGGCUCCCAGCUGGGCCCCCCCUCUCUGUGCACCGUUUCAGUAUGUAGGUUGGAUAUGUAAAGCUGUGAAGAGAAACGAGAUCCUUAUUUAUAAACCUAGAGGCACGUCGGACGGAUCCGCUCUCCGGCUUCUCUCGGUUGGUGGCCCGGCUGAGGCCAACGCGGGGCGGGGAAUUGGGCUGGUUUACAGCGUAGGCAGGAGUCGGAGGUCUAGCCCAGCUCUGAGACUACACGGGCAAGCAAACGGUUCAUACGCUGCUCUGAAUGAUAACUAGGGACGCGGCCCGCUCUGUUCGCGAGCAUGUGUUCGGAUUGUCAUGGGCGGUGGCUUCCCUUCAUUGGAACAGGGCAGUUAGUCGUCCCUACCCAGCGUUGU